AUGGCGCCCAACUCUCUUGAUGUCGCUCUCAACGUGCUGCUCUUUGCCGUGCCACUCGCGCACCUGCUCCUCGCGCCAUUUUCCAAAGUCGAGGAGUCCUUCACCCUGCAGGCCGCGCACGACGUGCUCGUCUACGGCACGCCCACCGGCGCGGACCGCGCCGCCGCGCUCGCCGACUCCUACGACCACUUUGUCUUUCCCGGCGUCGUGCCCCGCACUUUUAUCGGCGCCGUCGUCAUUGCGGCCCUGAGCCAGCCGCUCAUUGCGGUGGCCGGCUUCGCGCGCGCCCAGAUGCUGGUGCGCGGCGUCUUGGGCGCGCUCAACGCGCUGAGCCUGCUUGUUUUCCGGCGUGGCCUCGACGCGGCGUUUGGGAAAGCGACGGGGCGUUGGUGGGUAGUGCUCGUGGUGAGCCAGUUCCAUCUCAUGUUUUAUCUGAGCAGGACGCUGCCCAACAUGUUUUCCUUUGGCCUGAGUUUGUUAACCCUUCUCAAAUCCCCCUUCAGUCUAGCGACGCUCGCUGCGGCGUUUCUCCUCCCGCAAGCCACGCCCGCGCUCGCUUUCGCCCGCCAGAAGCAGGCUCUUCUCCUGCUCGUCUUCUCCGCCGUCGUUUUCCGCGCCGAAACGGCCCUGCUCCUCGGCGCCACCUGCCUCCACCUGCUCUUCCGGCGCCGCGCCACCCUCACCCGGCUCGUCCCGUUGCUCGCGGGCCUGUCCCUCGGCGCGCUCCUCCUCUCGGUGCCCGUCGACUCGUACUUUUGGCAACGGGGCCUGCUCUGGCCGGAGCUCGCCGGCUUCUACUACAACGUCGUGCGCGGGUCCGCCUCGGCCUGGGGCACCUCCCCCUGGCAUUACUACUUCUCCUCGGCUCUGCCGCGGCUACUACUAAACCCGCUCGCGCUGCCGCUCGCGGCCUGCGCGCUCUGGUGGCCCGCGACGCGGCACCCGGCCGCUGACCUGGUUGCGCCGCCCCUGCUCUUUGUUGCCCUUUAUUCGCUGCAGCCGCAUAAGGAGGCGCGCUUCAUCUUUUACGUCGUGCCCGCGCUCACCGCUGCCGCUGCCCUCGGUGCCAACUACGUCUACACGCGCCGCUCCAAGUCCCUUCUCUACCGGAUAGUCGCUGCGGCGCUUCCGCUCUCCAUUCUCGCCUCCCUGGCCGCCAGCCUCGCCAUGCUACUCGUCUCCUCGCUCAACUACCCCGGUGGCGACGCCGUCGCGCAGCUCUUCCAACUCACGCACCACCAGCACCACCACGCCUCUGCACCGCCGCACGACACCCUCUCCGUCCACGCCGACGUCCUCACCUGUAUGACGGGCCUUACGCUCUUUGGCCAGAACCCGCACGGCCUACCAUUGGCCUAUGGCGCGCCGCCGCCUCGCUCGUCGCUCGUCGCCGCCGCUCCGCCGCUGCUGCUGUUUGACAAGACCGAGGAUGAGGCCGCCAUGGCGCGGCCCGACUUUUGGACGCGCUUCGACUACGUCCUUACCGAGGACCCCGGGAAGAUCACCACCGGUCAGUGGCGGACCGUCGGCGUCGUGCAGGGCUACGACGGCAUCGAGCUGCUGCGUCCCGGUGCCACGGCCGCGGGCGAUGCCAACGACGUUGACGUCGAGGCCAUCCCGCAGGUGGCCAGCCUCCAGCCCCCGCUUCUGGGACGCGGUCUCGCAGUUCGCAACAUGCGCCGUUUUGUGCGGAGCCUCACCAGCGGCUGGUACGCCGGCCCGCGCAUGGCGCCGCGCAUUCACAUUAUGCAACAGAUCACGGCACAGUCGCGGCCUAGCAAAGAAGCGACUGCAUAA